CUGUACCAAGGUGCACUUCCCUCGGGCGUGGACCGGUUUUGACAUGUAAUAAAUAAUCGUAGAUUCCGAGUGGAUCCUUGGAGAUCCGUCUCGCUCCAGUGGACAGAGAUACCUGGAGAUAAGAUAGGGUGCAUAUAAUAAAGCGUGAGAAAUCAUACGGUGACAAUGACGAAAUUACGUGUGAAAACUGUGCUGUCACUCAUCUUCAUCAUUUUGCACAAUGCGCCGCGUUUAGGAUCCGUUUUCGCCAGAACGAUAGAUUAUAACAAUCCAAGGUUCUUCAAUAUCGGUGGUGUCCUUUCCAAUGCUGACAGCAAAGAGCACUUUCGGAAAACAAUCGAUCAUCUCAAUUUCGAUUUCCAAUACGUCAAUAAAGGGGUGACAUACAAACAUACAGUAAUCGAGAUGGACUCCAACCCUAUCAGAACCGCAUUGAGUGUCUGCAGAUCUUUGAUAGCCGAACAGGUGUACGCGGUGGUAGUGUCGCAUCCGCUUAUAGGCGACUUGUCGCCGGCAGCAGUUUCCUAUACGAGCGGCUUUUAUCAUAUCCCCGUGAUCGGCAUAUCAUCCAGGGACUCCGCCUUCUCGGAUAAAAACAUCCAUGUCUCAUUUUUGCGCACUGUACCGCCGUAUUCUCAUCAAGCGGAUGUUUGGGUAGAACUGCUAAAGCACUUCAACUACAUGAAGAUUAUCUUCAUCCAUAGCUCCGACACGGAUGGCCGCGCGCUCCUCGGGCGUUUCCAGACGACGUCGCAGAAUUUGGAGGAUGACAUAGAAAUCAAAGUACAAGUCGAAUCAGUCAUCGAAUUUGAACAGGGAUUACACAACUUCGACGAGCAAUUGAGGGACAUGAAAGGCGCACAGGCGAGAGUCUACCUUAUGUAUGCUUCGAAGAAGGACGCCGAAGUGAUCUUCAACGACGCCGCCAAUCUAAACAUGACCGGCGCCGGUUACGUGUGGAUCGUCACCGAACAGGCUUUAGACGCGUCAAAUGCGCCGGACGGCUUGCUGGGAUUGAAGCUGAUCAACGCUACCCAGGAAAAAUCGCAUAUAAGCGAUAGCCUAUACGUCCUUGUGUCCGCGUUGCGAACGAUGAAUCAGACGGAGAAGAUCACCGAGGCGCCGAAAGACUGCAGCGAUUCGGGCUCCAUAUGGGAAACCGGCAAGAGCCUUUUCCAGUAUAUUCGCAAGCAAGUGUUACCGCAUGGUUCAACGGGUCGAGUGGCGUUCGAUGAUAACGGGGAUCGCAUAUACGCCGAGUAUGACAUAAUCAACAUCCAGUAUACGGGUUUGGACAAUAACAAAACGCAGGUGUCCGUUGGCCAGUACUUUUAUCCUGCUAAUGGUACAAAGAUGAAGCUGCGAGUGAACGAAUCCAAUAUCAUAUGGCCGGGUCGGUUGAAGAUCAAACCCGAGGGUUUUAUGAUACCCACGCAUCUCAAAGUGCUGACGAUUGAGGAAAAGCCGUUCGUCUACGUACGCGAAUUACCCGACAGCGAUGAUGCUAAGUGUUUACCUGAUGAGAUCGCGUGUCCGCACUUCAACAUGACGGACGACAGUCGAUUGUUUUGUUGCAAAGGAUACUGCGUGGAUUUAUUAAAGGAGCUCGCAAAAACGAUUAACUUUACAUACAGUCUAGCCUUGUCGCCAGAUGGUCAGUUUGGCAGCUACGUGAUUAAAAACACUUCGGUCGGAGGGAAAAAGGAAUGGACGGGUCUUAUUGGCGAGAUAGUCAACGAACGGGCAGACAUGAUCGUCGCACCGUUGACGAUCAAUCCUGAACGUGCCGAGUUCAUCGAAUUCAGCAAGCCAUUCAAGUAUCAGGGCAUCACUAUCCUCGAGAAAAAGCCUUCGAGAUCGUCCACUUUGGUCUCUUUCUUACAACCAUUCAGCAAUACUCUUUGGAUCCUCGUGAUGGUAUCGGUGCACGUGGUAGCGCUUGUUCUGUACCUUCUUGAUCGUUUUUCACCCUUCGGCAGAUUUAGACUGGCCAACACCGAUGGCACCGAGGAAGACGCCCUCAAUCUGUCCAGUGCUAUCUGGUUCGCUUGGGGUGUAUUACUGAACAGCGGCAUAGGAGAAGGCACUCCACGGAGUUUUUCCGCGCGCGUACUGGGAAUGGUAUGGGCCGGAUUCGCUAUGAUCAUCGUCGCAUCGUACACUGCCAACUUGGCGGCGUUCCUCGUUUUGGAGCGACCAAAAACCAAGCUCACUGGCAUCAACGACGCUCGACUUAGAAACACGAUGGAGAAUUUGACGUGCGCGACGGUGAAGGGAUCCGCCGUGGACAUGUAUUUCAGACGCCAGGUAGAAUUGUCCAACAUGUAUCGUACAAUGGAGGCGAAUAAUUACGACACUGCCGAAGACGCGAUUCGCGACGUUAAAAUUGGGAAAUUAAUGGCGUUCAUCUGGGAUAGCUCGCGACUGGAAUUCGAAGCGGCCCAGGAUUGCGAAUUAGUGACGGCUGGCGAAUUAUUCGGUCGUUCGGGUUAUGGAAUCGGUUUGCAGAAAGGAUCACCUUGGGCGGACGCUGUGACAUUAGCGAUCUUAGACUUUCAUGAAAGUGGUUUCAUGGAGAGCCUUGACAAUCUUUGGAUCUUACAUGGUAACCUACAGCAAUGCGAGCAAUUUGAGAAAAUGCCGAACACCCUCGGCCUAGAAAACAUGGCAGGAGUAUUCAUCGUUGUCGGUGUCGGUAUCGGUGGCGGAGUCGCUUUAAUUAUAAUCGAAAUGGCAUACAAGAAACACCAAAUACGCAAACAGAGGAAGAUGGAGCUAGCGAGACACGCAGCUGACAAAUGGCGAGGAAUGAUCGAGAAACGGAAAACCUUACGGGCAUCGAUAGUUACGCAGCGAAGGAUCCAGAGUAACGGUCUAAACGAUCCCGCGACGGUUAGCCUGGCAGUCGACACAAUCGCCAGGUCGAACGUGGGCUCGCGCAGUCCGGGUCGCGCCUGGCCCGGUGACAGUGACUUGAGACAACGGCCAAUCUCCCGCUCCGACGACAUUCGAUUGUCGCCCGCCGCCUACACUGCCGACGUAUCGCAUCUAAUAGUCUAAUCUUACGUUGAUUUGUAGUUUUUUACCGAAUAAGAAUCGCCAACCGUUCCUAAUAGAUCGAUUACAAUAUGUAUGAGAUGAAACUCAUCCCAAUAUCUUCCUCGCCUAGCGAAAUACGAUCUGCAUAUAAUCUGCGAAUUAUUGUGAGAUAUAUUUAAGAUGAUUAAUCGUUCGCUUGUUAGACGUUUACAGAAAAUUGCGAUGGACUAUCUUAAAGAUAUCUCUGAUAUUUAUUGAAUUGUUGCAGAUGAGAUGUAAUUUGUUCUAUGUAAAUGAUUUAAUUUUCGAGAAAACAAAUUGUACGUAUUGUAAUUGAAAACAUUCAAUAAUGUUGAAAUAACGUUAGUUAGAUUCAUGUGAGUGUUCUCAAUCGUCUUACUGUUAAAUCGACUUACUGUUAAAAUAUGAGAAAGUUUUAUUAAAUAGGCCAUUAAUUUACUUUAUUUGCUACAACGAGAAAGAGAAAGAAACAGUG